AUGAAGUUCUCCAUCGUUGCUCUUGCCGGCCUUGCCAGCGCCGUCUCUGCCGCUUCUCUCCCCGCGCGCUUCUCCCUCAUCGCCGAGGACAACACCCCCGUCCUCACUGAUGGCCAGUACGUCUACAUCGGCAACGACACCUCCAAGAGCACCUCCAAGCUGAUCCUCUCCGGCGGUGCCAACGGUGGUGGUCUGACCUACCUCGCCAAGGGCGCCGUCCCCACCGCCUGGCAAAACCUGUACAUCAUCGAGAACAGCGUCUCGCCCAUCUCCUUCACCCAGCCUCACUCCGGCGCUGUUCCCGACAACGCCAACACCACUGGCUUCGGCGUCAACGAGCAGGGUUACCUGACUCAGGGCGGUAGGGCCUGGUUCGCUGUUGAUGGCUACGGCGAUGUCCCUUCCAAGGAGGUCUACUGGUACGGUGCUCACAGCUCGGAGUACAAGGCUGCCUACCUCAAGGUUCAGGAGUGCACUACCGAGGAGUGCUAA